AUGGAUCCAAACACUUGGUCGGAAGAUGGAAUGUUGCACGACAACUCUGGUGUAUUUUAUUCGGUAACUACUGAAGGCAGUUCAACUGAAAAACACGAAUUCCAUUCAUUAUGUUUCCAUCACCUUGGAACCGAUUCAAAAGAAGAUGUUUUAGUUUAUGAACGUCGAGAUGAUCCUGGUUAUUUUACUAAUGCCUGGGUUUCUGACGAUGGAAAAUUUCUUUUUAUAACUUGUACUUGGGACGUGAUUAUUGAGGAAGAUCCAAAAAGAAAAUUAGAUUGGGCUAUGGUGGUAGAUGGAAAUAAAUUGCUUGUUUGUUAUAUGGAAGAUGUUAAGCUGCCGUGGUCGCACGCUCUUCGCACUGAAGCUUCUGCAUGA